CUUCUCGCACACGUCAAAACUGGAAACUGAUGGUUGUAGUUACCGACCUAACAACCAACUUUUCUCCAAUCACUUUUACUUUUUAACGAUACACAUGGAAAGUAUACAAUUUUUUUGAAAAACCAUGUCUAUAAGCCAAGGUUGACAGUAGAGUUUUGUUUGUCAUUAUACAGCAUAGUUAUCGAGACAACAGACCGAAACAAGAAGAGAGCAACUCUGAGUGAUGAUAAACAAAGCAUGAUAGCUAGCAAGCUAACGUUAGAUAAUGAAUACUUGUGAGGUCAUUUGAGUAAUGUUUUAGCAAGUUAACCGAAAAGACAGUUCAGUUUUCAGUGAGACGAACUAGCAAAAUGGAUUAUAAGAGCAAAAAGUCCACUCUGUCCGGGGAAAAAUCACUGGGGUCUGGUCACAAAAGUGACAAGCCACAGCAGAGCAACUCGACGUCAAGAGUUGAUGCUGAUCAUGGUGGUGGGAUCAUUCACUGUCCUGUUACCAAGAACAUGAAACACCUCCUGGAUGAGUUCAAGGGGCUGUAUGAGGAGAGGUUGAGACGCCUAGAGUUUGACACAAGAGGGGGCACAAAUGAGGACAUUUUACAGAUGAAGGUCCGUAUCCUCCAGUCCUAUGUGAACGACUUGGGUGACCAGAACCAAGUGCUGGUCCAGACAGUGGAGGACCUGGAAACAGAGGCCAACAACAGAGUCUGCACCAUAGAGGCCAAGCUACGCACCUCUGAUCAAAUCAUUCAUGAUCUGGAGCAGCAGAGGAGGGUUCUGGAGGAGAGUGUGUGUAGUCUGCACUCUGAGAACCGGGACCUGAAGACUGACAUGGACUCCCUCACAAACUUCAUCCAACAAGCGAGACAUCAACACACCUUGGUCGUUUCUGGGGUCACUCUAAGGACAGGCUCGUUGGAGAAGAUGAUUGAAACCUCGACUCAUACCCCUAUGAGUCCUAACCUUGAGGUAGAGGAUCUGAGGAGCCAGCUGAGGACUAGAGACAGAACCAUCCUUUGUCUGGAGAGAGACAUCAAGACCUUCCAACUGGAGAAUAACACACUCAACAAAACUGAGGUGGAGAGUGUCAGGGAGGAGGAAGAGAGACAGAGGAGGGAUAUUCUGACUCUCAGACAGAGAGAGAAGACUCUUCUAUCAGAGUUGCAGACCCAGGAGAGGAGGCUGUGUGAGACCCAGAGAGAGAGCAGAAUGAGGGUAGAGGACACGGCUCGCCUACAGUCUCAGCUGGAUCAAGUCCAGAGCUCACACACGCAAACUAUGCGCCAGGCAGAGGCCAAAAUGGUGGAGGUGAGGACCGAACUGAGUGAUGAGUAUGGGAGGAGACUGGGGGAGAAGGAAGAAGGAAUGAAACGGAUAACCGAAGACCUGAAUAAUGUGAGGAAGAAACACACCUCUGCCAGGGAUCAGUUGAGGAGUACAGAGGGUAUUCUCCAGUCUCUGAGGAUGCAGCUACAGGACAGAGACAGUCAGCUGGAGAAUGCUACUAACAAGAUCUUUACACUAAAGACUUCUCUGAAGGAGGCUGAGGAGAGUUGUGUGGCUGCUAAGACAGAGGUCCAGACUCAGACGACACUACUGGAGGAGAUGAGCAGAGAACUGGGGAGACUCACACUGGCUCAGAAUAAAUCUGUGGAAGAGGUGAAUGAGCGUGGGGAGAUGCUGAGACACAUGAAGCAGGACCUGUCUGCUCUGAAGGCCACUCAGGACUCACUGAAGAGAACCCUCAGUAUGAAGGAACAACACACACACCAGCUAACACACGACAACACACACCUCCGACAAAACCUGGACACGCUAAAGAACAAGCUCCUGGUUAGUGAGGACAGGGUGUGUACUCUGUCAGUAGAGCUGGAUGAGUUGAAGAUCGGUCUGGGUAAAGAGAGAGAUCAGUGUCAGCAUCUCCAGGACCAGGUUUUACAGCAGAGUCAGGAUCUGGUGCGGGCCAACAACACACUCACUGACACACGCAGGGCUGCUGGCAGGAAGAUCCACAAGAAGGACAGCAAGCUGUCUGUGUUAUUGAAGGAGCUAGCAGAGGUUAGAAAUCACUUAUCAGACUGUAAAAAAGAGUUGCUCAGUAGAGAGUCUGCAUUGGUAAAACAGCAGGAGGAGACGGCUCAGCUGAGAUCCAAGAUGGAGGACUGUUCCCGUCAAUGUUCAGCUCUGAACAGGGAGAAAGAGAGACUGGAGACAAACCUCACACUUACUAACCAGAAACACUGCACCGCACAAGGAGAGGUGAUUCUACAGUUGAGGACAGAGCUGAGUAAAGCGGAGCAGAAGUAUCAAGGGACACAGGAGGAGCUGGCCAUGCUGGAGGCUGAGGUCAGCCGUCUGAACCAGAAGGUCAAGGGUCAACAGGAAGAGGCGUGUCUUCUCAGGCAGAUGGUCAGAGAGGGGGAGGGGCUUAGAGACCAGGAAGUGAUGGAACGACAACAGAUACAGAACGCACUCUGUAUCGCACAGCAACAGGUGAAGUCCCAGAACAUGUCUAUAGAGCAGCUAACAUCUGAUCUAGACUCAAUGAAACAGAACCACAGAGCCGACACAGAGCGCUGGAGCCACAGGCACUUCCUGCUCAGCGGCCAAUUAGAGCAGGCUUCCUCUGAGCUAAGCCGAUCCCAGGCCGAGGUCAGAGAGCGCAGGUCAGAGGUCACAGAGCUGAGGGGAAAGCUCCAACUGGCAGAGGAGGGAUACCAGGAGGCUCUGGAGAAGGUUGAAGAAGCUAAAGGGUUGGAAAACACACAAGACACUGAGAUAGAGCUUUUGAGACAACAACUGACGGACCUCCAGGAGGACCUGAGUGAAACCAUGUCCAGGACUCAGGGCCAGGCGGAGAAGGCGGCCAUCUUUAAACAGAAGUACUGCGUUGCCAUGGAGAAGGUGCAGCAGCUCCAGGGACACAUAGAGUGUGUGGAGGAGGAGCUCAGAUACACACAACAACAGCUGACUGAAUCCAAGGCAGUGGUAGACAGGGUUAAGGUGGAGCUUAAAGAGCUGGAAGGGCGCUAUGAAGAAAAACAUGGCCAAUGGGAGCUCUCGGAGGAAGCCCUGGACCAACUGACUGACGAGCUGCAGGCCAAUCAGAUGGCUCUGAGGGAGGGACAGGAGAGAGUGGAACAGUGUGAAGGAACCAUACAACAUCUACAGCAAGAGGUAGACACACAGAAAACUCAGAUACUAAAGUAUGAGAGUUCUCUGAAGUCCUACCAACAGAAUUACUCCUACUCUGAUGAGCAGUAUUGUGCCUUACAAAGACAGAGACUACAACUGCAGAAGCAAUCCACAGAGCAGGUAGAGCGCUUGGCCAAUUGCGAACAGGCCCUGCUACAGAUGAGGGCAGAGUAUCUUCGCAGGGAGGAGGAACUAGAGAAGCAGAGCCAGGAGAAGGCGGGGCUAGAGAGAACCCUGCAAUCUCUUCACCUGGACCUGGCCGCCUCCCACCGCAAACAUCUGGUCACUCACACACAGCUGGAGCAGGAAGUGACACAGCUACAGGAGGAAGUGACAUGCCUACAGGAGGAGCUGGUCGACACCCACGACACCUGUACACAGAGACAACAGACAAUCCAGGGCCAGGAUGUCUUGCUCCAGCAAGUUGAGGAGGACCUGAAGGAAACCAAGCUGCUCCUUCAGAGGAGAACCAAGGAUCUGAAGGAGGAGAAAGUCUGGGUGCAGAGGCUCAGAAAGGAGGCGCAGGAGCAGAGAGAGGAGGGACACAGACUUGUGGAGGAGCUGUCAUGUCGUGGAGAGGAGGUUUGGAGGUUGGAGGGGAGUGUGAGAGAAGGAAGACAGGCAGAGGAGAGGAGGAGGCUGACAGUGGAGAGGCUGGAGAGGCAGUCUGCAGAGCUGAGACUGGCCCUACAGCAGGCCAUGGAGAACACACUCAACACACAGAGAGACAACCACACAACACAGGAACAAGUGAAGACAUUGGAGGAGGAGAACAACUCAUUGACCAAUCAGGUGAGGACUUUGGAGGAGAAGUACAGCUCGUUGACCACUCAGCUGCUGAGGUCACAGAGCCUGGGCCAAGACGACGUCCAGCGACUAGCCAAUCAGGAGGAGCGUCUGGUCGUACUGAGGACAGAGUCAGAGACGCUACAGGAGAAGUACAGCAGCAAGGUGCAGGAGCUGGACACACUGCGGUUGGAGGUGGAGGGGGCGUACUCUGACAACGCGCACCUCCGCCAGGAGAGCCAGGUGGUCAUGGCCAAUGUCAACCGCUGGGUCAAAGAGCAGAGGGUUGCCAGUGAGAGUCUAGCUGCUAAGAUCAGAGGUCAGAACAAGGUGCUGCUCAUCAUCAGUGAGGAGAAACAACAUCUUCAGGAGGCUAACAGGGCCCUAGAGGAGGAGCUGAGGAAAUUGGGAGAUGAGGGGGAGGAGAAGGAGAGAGAGAUGGAACGCUUAAAGGCCCAGGUUCAAGACCGGGGUCAACAGCAGGAGGAGGAGAGGGAGAGCUUUGUGACCACCAACCUGAGUCGGAUCCAGUACAUGCAGGUCAGACUGAGAAGCAACCUGGAGGCUAUAGGCUUGCUCAACAAACAGCUGAGUGCUCUGGGAGGAGAGAACGAGAGAUUGCGUCUGCAGCUAGAGGAGGAGAGAGCAGAGCGCAGACGAGUGAUAUCGCCAACCAACCACCGGAGGGGUACCUCCCCCCUUCCCCUCUCCCUCACCCAUGGAUCUUCCUGCUCCCUUCCCUCCCUCUCCCCCUCUCUGGAUAGAGACACAGGAUACCCUCCCCCUGCCUCCCACCUUUCCCCCUCCCCUUUUCACCACCCCCCCAGCCCCAGUCCCAGGCCAGGGGAGAAGGACACUGCCCUGACCCGAGCAGAGUUGAGCGUGGCUGGGCCGCGGGAGCCAGGCGAGGCCCAGGCUGUUAAUGAGGCCUACUGGGUGAGGAGGGUGGGAGAACUAUCAGUACAGUUGCAGGACAGAGAGCUCUACUGGUCAGGUAGGAUCAACCACCUCGCUACAGAGAUACGACAGACCAAGGACGCUUCGCCCCUCACCUGACCUCCCGCUGACCUCUAAACCCUGUUCCCUGACCUCUAAUGCCUGACAUCUCUUCCUUGUUUGGUUGUUGUUUUGGAUGGGUUCAGUUAUGAAGCCAUAUCAUUGUCUCUGAUCACUGUAUGACUGUGUACCAUGUGCCAAACUCUAUUUUGAGUUUGCGUGUCAUUUGUGGUUAGUGCCGUGUGUGAGUGUGUUCCUGCACUCGUACAGUGCCUUGUAACAUGGAGACUAUUGUAGUAAUAUUGGUAGUUAUUGUUGUCUCUCUGAGUUCCAGUUUGUUAAUAAAUCCACAUUUUAAAAAAAUCCCGUUUUAUGUUUAAAGUUGUCACUGAAAGCCAGAUAGUUGAGACUGUAGGCCAGAUAGUUGUCACUGAAGGUCAUAUAGUUGAGACUGUAGGCCAGAUAGUUGUCACGGAAGGUCAGAUAGUUGAGACUGUAGGCCAGAUAGUUGAGACUGUAGGCCAGAUAGUUGUCACUGUAGGCCAGAUAGUUGUCACUGAAGGUCAGAUAGUUGUCACUGUAGGCCAGAUAGUUGUCACUGAAGGCCAGAUAGUUGAGACUGUAGGCCAGAUAGUUGUCACUGUAGGCCAGAUAGUUGUCACUGUAGGCCAGAUAGUUGUCACUGAAGGUCAGAUAGUUGUCACUGUAGGUCAGAUAGUUGUCACUGAAGGCCAGAUAGUUGUCACUGUAGGCCAGGUAGUUGUCACUGUAGGCCAGAUAGUUGUCACUGAAGGCCAGAUAGUUGUCGCUGUAGGCCAGAUAGUUGUCGCUGUAGGCCAGAUAGUUGAGACUGUAGGCCAGAUAGUUGAGACUGUAGGCCAGAUAGUUGUCACUGAAGGCCAGAUAGUUGUCACUGUAGGCCAGAUAGUUGAGACUGUAGGCCAGAUAGUUGAGACUGUAGGCCAGAUAGUUGUGACAUGGAAGCCAGUGUUGGCUAAACAAGACCUACAUGUGACAGAAAGGGAGGGAGGGAUUCACUGUGGGAUUCACUGUGAUAAUGAUAAUGGCUGAACACAUAACAUGAUCUUUCCUCAGACCUCUCUCUUUCCCUCUGUCUAUUCAAAGAGAAACAUUGAGGCGUGCAGCCACAGACUCUUUCCUUCUCUCUCUCCCUCAAUUCAAUUCAAUCCAAUGGGGCUUUAUUGGCAUGGGAAACAUAUGUUUACAU